AUGUCCGAUUCGGUGGACUUGGUUCAGAGAUUUGACGCUGCAUUUAAAGCACUUUUCUACAACAAGUCUAAUAACGAAUUGUCGAGGCUUCAUGAAGUAUUUCUAAACUUGCCCGCCGCACAGAAAUCCUUAAUUCAUACAAGAAUGAAAGAUGCAUUUGAACAGACCGUUUCCCGCAUGAAGCCCGCCUUAACCAGCGAUAUCUCGGAGACUAAAGAUGAUUCAUUCCUCGAAGCCGCAGUUAACCAAUGGAUGAUACUAUGCGAACAAAUGAUGACGAUUAAAAACAACAUUCCAUUUAUGGAUCCUGCCUUUCAGGCACUGGGAAAAGCUUCAAUAUGGUAUAAUUUUAGCAUUUGA